AUGGCGCAACUUGGGGGUUCUGUGCAAUUGGCGAGCACCACCCGGGAAUAUGUGCGAUUGCUGAUGAAGCCCACAUUGACUGCUGAUAUGUUUGGCUGCCGACACGACGACUGGGCCACGGCCUUUUCGCGCUGGAAUGUCCUUUAUGUCUGGGCGCUUCUCGUAGUGUCCUUGUUGUUUUGGCUGCUGCAGGUGCUCAGCCUGCUUCUUCGAUUUGCAUUGAUCUCUAUUGCUUUUCAGGUGGUUUUCACUCUUGUGGACAUCAUCAUCUUCAUGCUUCUGAACUGGACCUCCUGGUACUGUGUGGUAAAGAGAUUGGGUUUCUGCGGCCGCGUUGGCUACUUGGCUUGGGCUCUGGUUUACGUCUGCUUGAAUAUCGGCAGACUCGGCGCUGUGGUGAAUGGCGGUCUCAAUUACUGGAUUUACAUUUUGAUGCUCAUCCCUGCGGCGUACAUGGUCCUUGCACUUAUCCAGCUUUUCUGCGGCGGGGGCACGCGAGCCAUCACCUCAAGACGAAGAAGCUUGCCACUCUCCUAUGCCAUGGCCGGAUAUGGCGACGCUGGUGAUGAAGCUGCGAUCGACGCCUUGGGCUGUGCUCCAGACGUGGCUUCCAUCGUGGGUUCAACACCUAUGGUGAGGCUGAACCGUGUCACGAAAGAUUGCGUGGCAGAGGUCUUUGCAAAGCUCGAGUUCGUUUCCCCUGGUGGCUCAGUCAAAGACCGCAUUGCUGCCCGCAUGAUCGAGGAGGCAGAGGCUCGAGGAGAGAUUUCUCCAGGGCGUACUGUGUUGGUUGAAGCGACCAGUGGAAAUACCGGGGUGGCCAUAGCCAUGAUUGCGGCCGAGGUGCGGCUCUCGGACCCUGCGGAGGGAGCCGAGGGCUUCGUGCGCUUGGCCGAGAAGAUCGCGGCCGAGACCCCGGAUGCGGUCCUGCUUCGGCAGUUCGUUAACAAAGACAAUGCGCUUGCUCACUACGAGGGAACAGGUCCUGAAAUCUGGAGACAGACCAAGGGCAAGGUCAAUGCUGUUGUCAUGGGUGCGGGGACCGGUGGCACCUUAGUAGGUGUAUCACGGUAUUUGAAGGAGAAGAACCCGCAUGUGGAGAUAAUUUGCGUGGAAGCUGCAGAGAGCCGCGUGUUGGCUGGCAAGGACGAGCCGUCUCCCGUCUCACAUGGGCUGGUAGGUAUCAGUGCUGGCCUCCGCCUACCGCUGCUUGAAGCUGAGGGCGAAGGCGAGGGUAGCUUGGCGGCAGGCCUUAUCGACGAAUUUGCUGAAGUGGCGUCUUCACGUGGUGUGGGCAUGGCAAAGCGGCUGGCAGAGCAGGAGGGCCUCCUGGUUGGGCCAUCGUCGGGCGCUGCUUGUGCUGCAGCACUGGACGUUGCUAGUCAGCCGGCAAGGACGGGUCAGAUCGUGGUGGUUGUGUUUCCGUCCUCUGGUGCUCGCUACCUCCAGCAUCCGAUGUUCGACCGCCUUCGUUCAGAGGCUUCCCGCGAGCUGCCUUGGUGCAACUUCUGUGAAUUGCGCUGGGCGAAAAAGCAGAUGCCUGAGCUGCUGCAUGUGGACGACGUAUCCCAGACAUUGACGCUCUUUAACGACCGCUGUCGAGACCAGGCAGGCGUCACAAGCUCUCUCAAGGCUGUCUGGGAGUGCAAGCUCUUUGACAUCACCGUGCGCAACCUUUCAGGUCCAGAAUGGGAUCCUGCCAUGAAUCGGCAUCUACCAGACUCCGAUGCUGACAAUGUCUUCGUCUCGGGCACAAGAGGCGUCUUCGAAACGAAGGUUGACGAGCGUUGGAAGGCGCUAGCAGACAAGCGGCGCAAUGCAACCAAAGCGAUCUGUAGUGAUGUCUUCAUUCAGAACCACGUCGUGAUCGGAGAUGAUCCGAAGAAUGUGCCCUGGGGCAACGCCACCGCGUUUUCGGACUGGGUUGUCCAAAACGCGACAGACGGAGGACAGCUUCAUCCCGUCUUCGAUUACUUUCCGAUCCGGGGUCAUGGUCAGACUGCACUAACGGACCGCCUGGAUGAGCUUCGCAAGGAUGAGCAAGAGACGCAGAAAGGCAUGGACAAGAUCGAGCGAGCGCUGCAAGUAAAGGAGUCUGACGAGGACGUGGACUCGCUUUUGGAACGCGGGAAUCGCGAUGCACGGAAGAGUGCCAGCGGCGUCUCCUCAUUUGCACGGCUGCACCGAAGAAAUCCUUGGCUGCUUGACGUGGAGGACCCGGAACUUGCCCGGCAGCCGGCGAGCUUGAUGCAGCAUGCUGCCACGCAGGAUGCUGCGGCAGAAGGGCAGAACAUAUCAGAGCGAGAGCAAGAACGGCAAAAGGUCAAUCAGGACGACGCUUACUACGGCUCAGGCUGCUUUGAUGAAAACGAUGUCGCAGGGCUUCUGCGUGACCUCUGGUCAAAGCACGUAGGCGAAGGGCGCCUCAGCAUGGAGAAGCACGCUGCCAUGGACAUGCUGAAGGAAGUGAUGCCAAACGUCACAGGUGACAACUUGGAGAGGCUUUGGCUUUCCAUAAAUACGAAGGGGGACAAAAGUCUCAGCGCAAAGGAGUUCUUGGACUUCGCUGAGAAGCAUCUGCCGGAGCUGCAGUUCCCGGUGAGAGGCUACCUGAACCUGGAGUGCCGCAACCACCACUUCGGCCUCCUUGCGCUCUGUAAGCCGGAGUAUAUCUCAGUGUCGUACCAGAUUGGAUUUGUGCCCUCCAGGGUCGGGUCCGUGCAUGGAAAGAUGAAGGUGGAAGGGCGAAGCGGCACUCGCGUGCACGUCCGCAUGCUCUUCACUCAACUCGAGACCGGCUCAGGUUGGUACAAAGCUGAUCUACGGAUCCUCGUGAAGAGUACAGUGGGUACGAACACCUUCACCAUCAUAUUGCUGAUGGUGGUGAUUCUCCUCCUGUGCUUCUGCCUGACGCUCUUCGAUACCGCCUUGACUCUCAUACUCAUGCCGGUGAACCUUUGGAAGAUGAUGCGGCUGGAUUUGCCAAGCAAUGCUUCCUACGAGGACAUCGAGCACUUGCUCUGGGUGAAAGUCCUGAAGAUUGUUGAUGGAAGAGGCGUGCAGAGUCGCACCGCAGCAGCCCUGACGAUUGUGUUCGAGCGGCUCAUCGGCCUGCUGUUCACGACUGCGUGUGUGCAAGCUGCUCGAGAAGCCACAGCACCAAGUUCAAUGCCGAUGGGCGGGAUGAGUGAGCGAUGCGUCUAUGCAUGGCUUCGGUCCAACAAGGACUGGAUAAUAAACUCCUUGACCGGCGCGUACGUCCAGCACGGUAUGAGUAUUUUGACCUAUGUCAACGAGUGCACGAAUUUGCAAGGAGUCCAGUAUGUUGGGGAGAUCAUGUACCAGAUGCUUUUUGAAGAAGAGGGAAGUUACCACGCUUUGGUUGUAGGUUUGGUUUGCGUCCGCGCGUUGGAAUUGUUUAACCUGAGCUAUCGACUCCGGUGGCUCCCGCGUACGAUCUUCCUUGCUAAGUUCAAGCUCAUCAACUUUGUCAUCGCUUAUGUUGCGCUAGUUGCAGGCUUUGCAUUGCUUAUGACCCUGUACUUUGGCGAGCUCUAUGAGCAGUACUCGACCCUCGACAGGUCAUUCCACACGCUUCUUGUGUACAGCUUCGGAAUGACUGAACGUGCAACUCAUGGGAUGAAGCCUUUCAUCGAGAAAAGUGGCAACCACUUGUACGCGGUGCUUUUCGUAUUCAGCGUCUUCAUGGUGACGAUCAUCUUGAACAUGUUCACCACGAUCGUCAUUGACGCUUUCGCGGCUGAGGGUGAUCCCGAGAAGUUCAGCAGGGCUUACCAGGAAGAGGUGAAGGGCCUCACGCACUCCCUCUUGACCUUCUUCGGGAAAGGCCAUGUGGUGACGCGACAUCUGCGGAAAACACGCCGGGCCAGCGACCAGACAAGCAACCCAACUGAUCAGGGAAGGCCUUCCAGGUCUUCCCUUGCCGGCCUAAUGCGCCAGGAAUCCGAGGACAAGGAAGUGAAGUGA